UGCGCUCCUGCGCCUUGUGGUCGCUGUCCCCCCUCCCUCGCUGUGUGGGGAUUGGAGUUGCCAGGGCUGCCUGGAGCCUCCCACCCUUGACACACAGAGCUCCGCUGCACCAGCGUGACUUUCACUGCCUUCCAAGGGCAGCCGGUGCACCUUCACGCACAGAAAGAUAAGAUGGAAGCUCUGAUGGUGCAAGUGCACAGGCCCUGCUCCUUCCACAGCUGCUACCCUAACCCCCCCGAGCGGCAUGGAUCUGCCAAGCCGCCGCUGAGCUCCUCUGCCAUGACGUCCCGCAUCCUGCUCCGGCAGCAGCUGAUGCGAGAGCAGCUGCAGGAGCAGGAGCACCGUGAGCAGCUGAGACAGCAGCGGCGGCAGACCUCGCCGUUCCCACCGCCAGCCGGCGGCACCCAGAGCCCGGCCAUCAACGUCAGCGCGCCGCCCGGCCUCCCUCCUGCCUCGCAGGUGCCUGUGGAAGUACUCAGGGUUCAGACUCACCUGGAGAACCCUACCAAGUAUCACAUUCAGCAGGCCCAGCGGCAACAAGUGAAGCAGUACCUGUCCACCACUCUGGGAAGCAAACUCGGCACCCAGGCCAUCAGUCUGCCCUGCCCCAGCCAGCCUGUUGAGCACGGGGGCAUGCCCCCAGCACCUGGCAACAGCGCCCCCAACAGCCCUAUGGCACUACUCACCCUCAAUACCAACUGCGAGAGAGAGAUGGAUGACGUCAUUGAUGACAUUAUUAGUCUGGAAUCGAGUUAUAAUGACGAUAUCCUUGGGCUUAUGGAUCCAGGACUCCAAUUGGCCAAUACGAUCCCAGUGUCAGCUAACCUCCUAGAUAUGUAUGGCAACCAGUGUAUGCCCCCACACGGGCUCUCCGUUAGCAACUCCUGCCCUGCCAGCCUGCCCAACAUCAAGAGGGAACUUUCGGUUCCCCUUUCUCCGGCCUUGGUGCACAUGCUGGACAAGUCUGGAUCCUGUGACAAGUUUGAAAGCUAUCAGAACCCUGAGGGCUUUCCAGUAGAGGCUGAAUUCCGAGCUCUGGCAAAGGAAAGGCAAAAGAAGGACAACCACAACCUUAUUGAAAGAAGACGUCGUUUUAACAUUAAUGAUCGAAUCAAAGAACUCGGAACCAUGAUUCCAAAAUCAAACGACCCGGACAUGCGGUGGAACAAGGGGACCAUCCUGAAGGCCUCUGUGGACUACAUCAGGAAGCUGCAGCGUGAGCAACAGCGUUCAAAAGAGUUGGAGAAUAGGCAGAAAAAGCUGGAGCAUACCAACAGGCACUUACUGCUACGGAUACAGGAGCUGGAAAUGCAGGCUCGCGCUCAUGGGUUGGCUGUGGUCGCACCCACUGCCCUCUGUUCCCCUGAACUUGCAAAUCGGGCCAUCAAGCAGGAAGCGGUCCGGGGAGACUGCAGCCAGGAUCUGUACCAUCAGCAGCGGCACGCGGCCUCCAAGCCACCAGGACCCACCACUCUGGACCUCAGCGACGGCACCAUCAGCUUUAGCAAUGGGCCCCCGACCCAGGGAGAGCCCAGUGUGUACAGCAUCGCAACCAAGGGGUCCUCGAAGCUGGACAGCAUGCUGAUGGACGAGGCGGUGUCUCCCGCGGGUGUGGAAGACCCGCUGCUGUGCUGCGUUUCACCAGGGGUCUCCAAAGACAACAGCCGCGAGAACAGCAUGAGCAUGGAGGAGAACGAGCAUGGCUGUUAGCGGGCCGCACGCCAGCCGGCUCCCCAGCUCUACUAACAGCUUGUACAGUAACACCCCUGCUGACGCUGCUGCAGAGGAGGGCGUGGUGGUUGCAGGCUGCUUCUCAAGUAUUUCUUUUAUUGUUUACAUUAUUUCCCUUGUCCUUUUUUUUCCUUUUUUCAAAUUUGCCAUCCACCUCUUUAAACUAACAGUCUGAAUCACUGUCUGAUCACUGAUAGAUAUUUAAUUAAAUUUGAGUAGGGCAAAACUGUAGUCAGCUUUAAUCAGAAAUGAUUCAUUUACUUUUGCAAUUGAUUUUCUAAGUCUUUAAAAUGUUAAAAAUAUUCAAAUUUCCUAAGGCGAAGGUUAUAGAUCAUCGCUUUUAAGCGGCAAACCUCCUGCUUUAUCUAUCCAGCAGCACUACUAGGCAGUUUCAUAAAUGAGAAGUGGCUGAAGAAACGGUGUGUUUAAUAUUCACAAACGGUUUUGAUGGUAGCAUCCUUUAUGUUGCUUCCUGCGUUGCAUAUUUUGUGGCUGUAAAGAAUUCAAUUCGACCCCCUAAAACCAGUCAACAGAGAAGCAGAUAUUAUCAGCGAUGGGCAUUUCAGGUUCAGUAGCUAAAAAUCCAGACUAGGAUUUUGUUUCUACCAACCAGUUGAAUUUAACGAGUCACAGUCACAGAGUACUCAGCAGGUUGGUAAAAACAAAAUCCUAGUCUGGAUUUUUAGCUACUGAACCUAAUAUUCCCAGCGCUGGAUAUUAUACUGAGAGCAGUAUUUGUUAAAGUGACCUUUUCCUCAUGCGUAUGGUGCUGUCUGAGGCCGAAGGAGGUCUGAUAUACAAACCCCUCUUCUCCAGCAUAAACCUCCUGUUGUGAUGUAUCCCACUGGAUGUGGCUGCAUGGAUGGUGCCACAUCACCCUAACAACAGACCCCUAAAGUGACAUCACCCUUAUACUUAAAAACAUCCCCAUCACACUUUAUUCACUGACUGUGCUGAAGCUCUGGGAAUGAAUCAUUACACAUGAAAGGCCAAUCAGACUAGCAAUCACUUAGCACAAGUCCAGGGUUUUAAUCACUAUGCCAUCUGCUGCCCUUAACUUAGAAACCAACAAAAAGAGCAAUAUCAAUAUGCAGGGAUGCAUCUCCUUUUAGCUCUCAUGCUUCUUUUGUGUCACUGACCACUUCAGUUGUAUAUUCCUGUCUGCAGGCCUCCUAUUCAAUGCAGCGCUAAAAUGUCGAGCCUAUAAUGAAAAUGCAGACUCUUUAUAAUUUAUAUCAGAAUCCUCUUGAGUAGACAAUAUGAUGACAGCACACAUCUGAUUAACAUCAUUUUCAUUUUAAAACUUCAAAAAACAUGAAUGUGGGGAUAAUUUCAGUCGUGGCAAUUUUAAGAACUCUUGUGAUCUCAGCAAGAGUAUAUAUCCAGGUAACGGUUUGUGUUCGUCAUGGGCUCUGCUCUGCAUGCCUCUUUGUGUCUAACAGUAACUUUCAGGACAUUUUUAUUGUGCUAAAGUUUAUAUUGAAAAGGAAUAUAAGGAGACUUUUUUUAUUAUGACUCGUGGACGUUGUUACUUAAAACUCAAAGAAAACUCGGCUGUCAGAUAUGAAAUGAAGAUUUGAUAAACAGUUUUUUGUAUAUUCUAAAGAGUUUUUAUUGCACUCAUGCUACUGUAUGACAGAUGGUAGUUGGUUAUAUGAAUAACAGGCUUUAUUGUUUUAUUUCCUCUGUUUAACUUCAACAUAAAGUUGUAGCAGUCUACUCAAUAUUACGUCAAUGGCAAUAACCAUCGAUGUUAGAUAUCGGAGAGACAUUGCGCUUUCUGAAAAGGUGAAUUUUAAAAACAAAAACACGAUCCUCUGAAUCGCAAUAAUCGAAUAUGCAAUAAGUAUUUAAAGUAGAUAUAUUGUGCCUGUGUGUUUUAGACAUCAGGAUCAAGUUGUUUUCUUAAGCUUACCAGUGUUGAGACAGCGGCGUGCGACGGGAAAGGUGGUUUGUGGACGAUGUGCCUUAAUUUUAAGAUUCAUCUUACUUUCGUUCAUUUGGGCAGCUGGUGCAUGGAAGGUUCCUGCAGCUCCCACUGAAACAGCUUUGUGGUCAACUGGGAGCCAGUGGGAAGCUCCGUCUUCAGCUGCCACGAGGGGGCGUUGUUGUACGUUUGCAGGGUGGAAAGUACUGUAGGAUUUCUUGAAGGAUGUUCGCGUUACCGUGGUAGGGACGCAGGACCAACUCUGGUCUACAGAAGAGUAGUGCUCCAUCACUUAGCCUUCUACGUGUAGCCUUAAAAAAAGUCUGUAAUCCAAAUGUUCACUCUGUCGGAGUGUUUUUAUUUUAUCAAAAUGUGAUAGUGUGGACUGCCAAAAUGUUUUGCCAAAAUCAAAGUGACGGAAUGUCUUUAUAUGCAAAGCAAUAUAACAUAAACAUUAAUGUAUUUAAUGUAUUACCGAUUUUUUUUUUUCUUUCGCUUUUUUAAUUUGACUGACGGUGUCGUCGCUGUCAAAUAAAAUUUUCUUUACUGUAUGAAGCAAUAUUUAGGUCAGAGCAAUAUGAGGUGAUGGCAUAAAGCACAAGCACGCACUUACAGGGUCAGUGUCGGAACACGCGAUGCACUGGAGAAUGCUUCCUCAGACCACGGGUCUGUGCUUCACACACAACUGGUAGUGGCUGCCUAUCACUCCGUCCACCGGCUGGUGGAAUGCAGCCACUGCGGAUCGAGCCUGCCAGGCAUCCGUUGGGUCCAUGCCUGCUGCCCGUCGCCCAACAGAUGCCUCUCAGGCACUGCCUCCACACAGAUGCCUGCUACUGUAAUGUGACAAUACCUUGUUCACCCGAGGACACGGGAGGCUGUGCCCAGUGUGGUUAGCUACUGACGUAGUAAUGGAAUAGUGAUUAAAAAAUGUUUUCUUUGAAACUGCAUAUGUGAACUACUUCAUGGAUAUUAAAUAUUAAAGAUGAUUAAAUGGUUUUCA